AUGUCGUACCAGAGCGGCACUACCUUGAAUCAGGUUGGAGGGGAAGCCCCAGAAUCCAUCGGCACUGGUCUCCGGUCCAUGUCUUCCGAUUUCUGGGCUGGCUACCUGAGCGGUGCCAUUGGAAUCAUAAUCGGGAAUCCCCUUGAUGUUAUCAAAGUGCGAUUGCAGGCGGGACGCACCCCAGAGGUCGUUGCAUCAACCGCCCCCCAGCAACUGAGUCGCUUUGACAGCGCCACUUCCCUUGUUCGAGGCGCCGCGGCACCAAUUCUUGGAUAUGGGGCUCUCAAUGCAUUACUCUUUGUGGCUUAUAACCGCUCAUUGAAGUUCCUGGAUAGCUCGAUCAUUGAUCCCACAAAUCCACAAGGUGUCCCUUUAUACAAGAUCUGGCUUGCCGGUGCUGCCGGUGGGGUGGCCAGCUGGACUGUGUCGUCUCCCACGGAGUUCAUCAAAUGUAGAGCGCAGCUUGACUCACGCCCGGGAGUGUCAUCCUGGACGGUUGCAAAAGACAUCGUCCGAACGCGCGGCUGGAGGGGCCUUUAUUACGGAGGAGGGAUCACCUGUGCCAGAGAUGCAAUUGGCUAUGGGUUUUAUUUUUGGUCUUACGAAUAUUGCAAACGCCUUACGGCCUCUGAUGAUGAUGUCACCAAUAUGUUGGCCAUGAAAAUCCUACUAUGCGGUGGCAUUGCUGGAAUUGUGACAUGGGCUUCCGUCUUUCCAUUAGACAUGGUGAAGACAAGACUGCAGGCGAGGACUAUUGAAUUGUCCCCUGAAAGUCGCCCAUUGGUGCAACCAUCAAGCAAGCCAUACACCGCAAACUCCUUUCAGAUCGCCAAGGAGGCCUAUCUCAAUGAAGGUCUCAAGGCCUUCUAUCGUGGUCUUGGAGUUUGCAGUGUAAGGGCCUUUAUAGUCAACGCCGUCCAGUGGGCGGCAUAUGAGUGGCUUAUGAAGUAUUUGCAGAAUCCAUGAACAUAGAAUGUGAACAUCUAGAGCAUCUACGGAGUACGGAGCAUUCCGCCAGAAUAUACGCAUCUCGAUGAAAGUGCUGUAUUACUGCAGCUUGUAAAUUAAUUUCGCUCUAAAGGGGCCGUGUCCGAUGAAGUGGGACCCAGCUAUACGAUGCUCCGAGAAACGGCAGUUUUGAUCGUGUUACCGCAGAACGGAACCGGCGUACUCCGGAAUCUCACACCCCCACUGGCGGUUUUCGGAACAUGUGGUUUCACGUGUUAUCCUGCGAUUUUGGCCCUUCG